AUGUCGCACAAGCAGCUCAAAGAAGAAUUUGUGUCGGGGCUCACGGGCGGGUCUGUCCAGGAAAUAUACGCCGUCACCGGCACGGCACUAGCCGCUUUGCUAGCACAUACAUGUGUCCAGCGGUGGCUCGUACCCCGGAUACCAAUCCUCACGAAAUUCCCUGUUCUGUUCAUUGUCGCGUUUUAUUUUGAUGUGUUGAUCCAACUUCAGGCCAUCACGAUCUAUGGCGGCAGGGUGCUGGGCUUGUACUAUACGGCGGCCUCCAUUGCCAUUGGUGCGUUCGUAUAUGGGUGUAUAUACGUAGCAGGGCACAAGCAGCACAAACAACAGAAACAGCAGAAACAACAAAAACAACAAAAACAACAGAAACAACAGAAACAGCACAAAGAGGCAUCCAAAAGGAACACGUGUCUGGAGACGCUUGGCCAGAUUCCCUACAUCACAGCGUACCGGUCGCAGAUGCUUGUCAUCACCAACUUGGCCAUUUUGGCCGUCGACUUCCACGUGUUUCCCCGUAGAUUUGCCAAAGUCGAGACAUGGGGCACGUCCAUGAUGGAUUUAGGGGUGGGCCUGUUUGUGUUUUCCAUGGGACUUGCAAACUCGCGUUCGCUCAUCAAGAAAAGCCUAGCCAAGCACCAGAACUCGCAGAAUUACCUCCGUUUGCUCUGGGGAAACACAUUGAAGGCGCUUCCCGUGCUUUGCCUAGGCCUAGUGCGGCUUGUGAGCGUUAAAUCGCUCGAUUACCAGGAGCAUGUGUCCGAGUACGGUGUGCACUGGAAUUUCUUCAUGACCCUUGGUCUUUUGCCGGUCUUCCUCGGGAUCGUGGACCCGCUAUUUGCCGUGGUGCCCAGGUUCAUUGUGGCCUUGGCCAUCGGCAUUGUUUACGAGUGCAUGUUGACCCACGGCGGGCUUGGCAGGUAUGUGCUUGACGAGUCCAACAGACAUGACAAUCUAUUCACCCUCAACAAAGAAGGGCUUGCGUCUUUUGUGGGGUAUCUGAGCAUAUUCAUCUUCGGCCAGUCGUUCGGGUCUUUCGUGCUCCCAACCAGAAAGUUGCCCAACAACUUGGUAGGCAUAGGCUUGCCCCAGAAACCCAGGCGGUGGCUCACCGUCUCUCCAACACAAGGGCUUGUGAUUGCGACGCUUGUACUGUUUGGGUUGUUUCAUGUCUCUGCCGUGUCAGUGUUCACUGGUGCCAUUUCCCGCAGAUUGGCCAACCUCCCCUACGUGCUCUGGGUGGUCAGCUACAACGCGGCAAUGUUGUUGGGCUACAAUUUAGCAGAACGGUUGGCCGGCCCUAUCGACUCCAAGAUCCUCAAUGCCAUCAACAAGAACGGAUUGGCCAUUUUUUUGGUUGCAAACCUCGCGACGGGGUUGGUGAACAUGGGGUUCGAUACUUUGCAGGCCAGCGACGGAAUGGCGUACUCGAUUCUAAUCGUCUACUCUCUUUCUUGGGUUGGCCUUGCGUUGGCUCUCGACCACUACAAGGUCUACAUCAAGAUCUGA